AUGUUAACCAGGCUAAAAGUACCCCAUUUGAGUCGAAGUGGUGCUUUGAAAAGACUAUAUGCGACGUCAUCAUCAUCAUCAUCAUCAUCAACAGCAAUAUCUACCAAGCCCGAUAUUGAAAUGACAACCCUCGCCAACGGACUAAGGCUAGUCACCGAUUCCACACCAGGACAUUUCAGUGCACUUGGAGCCUAUGUUGAUGCUGGUUCGCGGUAUGAAGAUCCACAAAAUCCAGGACUUUCCCACAUACAUGAUCGAUUAGCUUGGAAAUCAACGGAGAAGUAUAGUGGAUUACAAAUGAUGGAGAAUCUACUGAAGUUGGGUGGUAAUUACAUGAGCUCGGCUCAGAGAGAGUCGAUGAUUUUCCAAGCCAGUGUUUUCAACAAGGAUGUUGAUCAAAUGAUGGAGGCUAUCGCGCAAACCGUGAGAAGUCCUCGUAUUAGUGAUCAGGAGUUUGUUGAGACUUUGCAAACUGCUGAUUAUGAGGUUCAGGAGUUGCAAUAUAAGCAUGAGUUGUUGUUGCCUGAAGAGUUGCACUCGGCGGCAUACAAAGAAAACACAUUGGGGCUUCCAUUAUUCAUACCUAAGGAGCGUAUUCCGUUGGUGCAGAAAUCGGAUGUUCUAGCCUAUCACAAGAAGUUUUUCCAACCGCAAAACAUUAUAAUUGCCAUGGUUGGUGUACCCCAUGACCACGCACUCAAGUUGGUUGAGUCGAAUUUCGGUGAUUGGAAAUCCACUGGCGAGAAAACAAAGCUCACCCUUGCAAACUAUACUGGAGGAGAAAUAUCAUUACCUCAUCAACCUCCACUUUACGCCAACCUACCGGAAUUGUAUCAUAUGCAAAUCGGUUUUGAAACCACGGGUUUACUUCACGAUGACUUGUACUCGCUCGCCACUUUGCAAAAACUCCUCGGUGGUGGAUCCUCAUUCUCAGCUGGUGGGCCAGGUAAGGGAAUGUUUUCUCGUCUCUACACCAAAGUUUUAAACAAGUAUCCCUUUGUUGAAAAUUGCAUGUGCUUUAAUCACUCGUACUUGGACUCGGGAAUCUUUGGUAUCACGUUGAGCUUGGUGCCAGAAGCGGCUCAUGUAUCGUCACAAAUAAUCAGUCAUGAGUUGUCGAAACUAUUGCAAGUUGAUUCCAAAGCGGGUGGAUUGAAUGAACAAGAAGUCAAACGUGCCAAGAACCAAUUGACAAGUUCUAUUUUAAUGAAUGUCGAAAGUAGGUUAGCCAAAUUGGAGGAUUUAGGAAGACAAGUUCAGUGUCAAGGUAAAGUCACUUCUAUUGAUGAAAUGGUUGAAAAAAUCACGGCGCUAACCCCAAGAGACUUGCAAAAUGUAGCAGAGAAGGUGUUGACGGGUAAUGUUGUCACCAGUGGCACAAUCUCGGGUGUUCCCUCCGUGGUUAUGCAAGGUGAAAGAGAAGCAUUUGGUGAUGUUGAGUACAUUCUUCGGAAAUACGGGUUGGGGAAAUUCUCUACCCCUGAGAUCCCUGAACCAAGAGAUUUUUCACAACCAAAGAGGAAAACAUCAUGGUUUUAA